AAACAUGAAACAACAAACUCCGGUUCGUCAGUCGUCGGUUAUUCAAUAUUCAGUAUUUCAGUCGUUGUAGGCUAUCCCGUAUCCGAUCGUUUGUGUUUCUUCGGUUUCAGUUUUUAUUCUACUGUUAACCAUUUUUAACGUUAACGUCUGAUUGUGGCGAUCGGUCGAUUAUCGUUUUCCCCGUUUUAUGUAACUUUUAGCUGUGGUCGCAGUCGUGUAUCACCGUCGUGCACUCGUGCGUUGUUCACUCGUUCGUAACGUAAUGGCCGCCGCCCGGCGACCCGUACGUCGUUCGCGUAGUUCGAAAACGCGUGCUUGGUAAUUUUUUUCUACCCGACCGCGACGUAAUUGUUUCGCGCAGUUCAUAUAAAUCAUUGGUAUUUUGUUUACAACGCUCAAAUUGUCUGUAUACUCUUUUAAUUUUCUCUGGAUGUCUAUGUCAAAUAAGAUGGGUGUCUGUUUUCUUUGCGAUUCAAAAUUGUAUGGCGAACGUACACGAGUAUGUUCAAGCAUUACACCACAUAGUAAUGUACCGUACCCAGAAAAAAUUGUUGAGCUUAUGGGAGAUGAAUUUGUAGUUAUUGUAACCCCUGCUGAUCACAUGUGCAAGAAAUGUACCUCACUUUUAACUCAUUUAGACAAGUUGGAAAAUGAUCUGAAACUUGUUAAAAAUGCAAUGUUGUCAUAUAUACAAAAGAAAUAUGGAAUAUUGCCUCCUGAUCAAGCUGUUAAGGGUGUUGAGAUUGUCAAUGGWCAUUUAAAGGCAGAGGAACAACUAGAACAAGGUCAGCGUAAAGUACCUAGUGGCCUGACAGUAGGGGUUUCUCCUACUGUAUCUACCACUGCCGUUGCAACUCCGGUGCAAACCCCAUUAAAAUUAUUAAAAACACAACAGCAGCAGCAACAACAACAGCACCAACCACAACAACAACAACAACAGCAACCACCUCAGGAAAGUGCUAACAAAAUGAAAAUAUAUAAGUGUGGCUUUUGUACAUUCCAAUCGAAAGAGCURGGACAUGUUCGAUUCCAUAUGCGCACUCAUAUGAACAAAAAGGAGCCAGAAAAACCUAUCCWUAAUCAAGCAGCUGCUAAAACAUUGACUCCGGUACCGCAACAGAAAAAACGACUUUAUAGAUGUCAAGUAUGCUCUAAAUCCUUUGAUAGCCGAAUUAAUUGUCUUGAUCACAUUCAGAAAGACCAUAAUCAGCCAACUCCAUCAACCUCGAAUGGAGAAAGAGAAACUGAAAGCUCUCGUCCAGCUAAAACUAAAGUUAUGAAACCAGAAACAUCCAAAACUCAAGAAAAUAAUCAGCCAGCAGAGACUCCUAUGGAUGUAGACGAAAAUCAACAGGAUAACAAUAAAAGCACUGUAGAUACGGAUAUGAUGUUGAAUGAUAAUGUUCCWACUGAAGGAUCUGCAGAUGUUGGAAAAGAAGAAGAAACUGAAAAUGCCGGUGAAGGAGAUAAAACUGAAAACUCUCGGGAAAAAAAGACUGUUAAAGAAGCUAAAUCGGUAAAAAAAUCUGAGUCUGCACAAGAAGCUGCUGAAGCAGACGAAGAGGAUGAAGAUACAGCCGUGCCCGAACAAGAAGAAGGUGAUCAAGAAACUCCUGGUAGCAUUGAAAAAGAAGUUAAUGAUGACAAUGCGAAUGCGGAAAACAAAACUGGGGAUUUAGACAUAGAAUCAAUGUUAGCUGCAAUCCAUAAUGAUAAUCCUUCAACUAACGCUGGAGAUACCCAAAGCAAAUCUUAGGAUUAAUAGACSCUAAUUAAAAGUUAGUAAUCAAAUUUAUAUUUAUAAGUAUCAGUUUCAGAAUUCAAAAUUUAUUCCUCUGUUUGGCAGUUUCUUUUACAUAUUAUAAAUAACUUUAGAAUGAUAGAAAUUAAGAGACUAUCACUUAUCAUAAUCUUAUAAGUUAAAUCACUAUUUUUUCUUUUUUAAAUUACUAAAGAGAUUUAGAUGAGGAAUACAAUAUAAAUGAAAUUAAA